AUGCUGACAUGCAUACGCAAUGGCUGGAACACCACGGAUUUCACAGCGGCAACCAGCGAGGGCGAGCUGCCCACCUUCUUCGCGGCCCGCGCCGGCAACACCGAGGCGCUGCAGCUGCUGCAGACUGCCGGCUGCGACCUAGGCAAGCGGAGCCACAAUGGGGACUUGGCUCUUGUGGCUGCUGCCAGGGCUGGGCAGAAGAAUGCGGUGGAGUGGCUGCUACAAGCCGGCUCUGGGUCAAAGAUAAAAAAACUGGAUAUGCAGCGCGCCUUUCACGUAGCCUGCAAGCUGACCCAGCCGGGCCAUCGGGAUCUGGUCAGCCUGCUUGAAGAGCAGGUGGGCGCAAGCUCGCAGAGCCACAAGCUCAGCCGGAAUCUGCUGAAGGAGAAAGCUGGCCGAGGCACCGGGAAGUACUACCACGAGAUGCAGCUCCUGACCCGUUUCGAGUGGAUACAGGCCGGCUGGGCCACCUCCGCCUUCGAAGGAGAUCGGGAUCUGGGCCGGCACCGGGAGGGCUGGUGCUGGGAAGGUUGGCUCAGUGGGAUCAUGGAGAAGAGCCACGCGGGCAAGGCAGAGCAGGUGCAGAUGAGGCCGUGGGAACCAGGCGACGUGCUGGGCUUUGCGCUGGACUACAACGGCGGCAAGAUGCAUCUCUCCCACCAGGGCACCUGGUACCCAGAGAAGGCCGACUACUUCAUGGACUUCGAGCCAAAUGGUCGGGAUUUGUGCCUCGUAAACAGUGGCCAAUUUGCGAGGUGCAAUUUUGCGAGCUUAAAAAUGCUUGGAGGGGAUUUGGGUUGCGGGAUCAGGAAAUGUUUUUUGCAAGCUUCGGACGGAGAGGGAAAAAGAGAGAAUCGAUAG